CGCUCGCGAGGGGACAAGCACAGCUCCGUAGUGGGCGCGUUGAUUCCUGUGUGAAGACGAUGGGGCAACCUGCCGAAAAAGCCUUCUACCGUUUCUUGGUGCUCUUCUUCUGCUGUUUGCUGACGUUCGGCUCCUACUUCUGCUUCGACAUCCCCAGUGUGCUCCAGGACCAGUUCCAGGGGAACCUGACGUGCCCCAACUCCACGGCAGGCAACGGGACUUCGGGAAAUGGGACAGUGGAGUGUAUCGAAGGCCUGGGGAUGACCCCCGAGGAGUACAACCUCCUCUACGCCAUCUAUGCCUGGACAAAUGCACUAGUGGUGAUCAUGGCUGGGUUCCUCACUGACAAGUUAGGGAAUCGUUUUGGUGUCUUCCUGUUCUCCUUCCUGGUGGUUCUGGGGUCCACCGUCUUUGCCCUGGGCUCUCAUUUCAAGGGCACCAAGUACCUGCUGCCACUCAUGCUCACAGGCCGCCUCAUCUUUGGCUCUGGCAAUGGCUCCCUCGUCAUCGUCCAGAACCGAAUCACUGCCUUCUGGUUCAAAGGAAAGGAGCUGGCCUUGGCCUUCGGCCUCACGGUGGCCUUCUCUCGGCUCGGAUCCAUCCUCAACUUCUUCCUCACGCAGAGGUUUGAGGCCCACUUCGGGAUGCAGUGGACACUCUGGGGGGGUACUGUGCUCUGUGUGCUGGGCUUCCUGGCUGCCAUCACGGUCAGCGCCCUGGACAAAGUGGGAACGAGACAACUGGGCCUGGACGGCGCCAUUCAGGAGGAGUCGCGCAAAGUGAGGGUACAGGACAUUCGGCAGUUUUCCCUGCGCUACUGGCUGCUCGUGCUCACCAUCAUGUUCUUCUACAACGGCAUCUUCCCGUUCAUUGCGGACGCCAGCAAGUUUAUCCAGGACAAAUACAGCGAGUACAGCCAGGAGGAGGCGGCCUAUGUGGCAGGUGCUGUUUACGACAGCUCCCUGGUGCUCUGCGCUGCGAUGGGCAUCCUCAUAGACUAUAUAGGUCUACGUGGGGUGUUUGCAGUUGGCUGUGCGCUUCUUACCCUGCCCGUCUUUGCACUCCUGGCCUUCACCUUCGUGCCACCGCUGGUCUCCACCAUCUGGCUGGGUGUCACCUACUCCUUUGCCGCUGCAAGCAUGUGGUCCUCCUUUCCACUGGUGGUCCCUCAGGCGACGCUGGGUACAGCCAUAGGCAUCGCCACCUCAGUUCAGAUGAUUGGCGUUGGCCUCUCGAACCUGGUUGUGGGCCAGAUCUUGGGAACGAAGUCCAGCGAUGCCAGGAUUCCCUUGUGGCGCUGGCAGAGGGUGAUGGUUUUCUUGCUGGCAAACACCAUCUGCUGCAUUGUCACCUCUGUGACGCUUAACGUCGUCGAUCAUCACCAGGGAGGGACCUUAAAUAAGACCACGAAGAAAAGUGCCCCCCAGGAGUCCCCGAGCACUGCAGAUAGAGACCCCCUAUUAGCAGAACAGGAGGAGGUUGAUGGGGACAUUCCAGGCCAGUCCUCCUCUAUCAACAACAGCUAGUUUGAACUCACAUGGAAGCUGGAGAGGAUGCAAAGGGAGAUUCUUUUUCUUACAUUUACUCAUUUUUCCAAAGCCACUUACACUGUUAACCUACUUACAAUUAUUUAC